AUGAGUUCAAAGGGAAUUAACCAGAGCGGCCUUAAAGACGGCCACAACGUCAGCUUCGACCUCAUCCAAAACCGGAUCGAGUCUUUGAGCACCAAGAUGGAUACACUGAUCAACAUUCAAGAGAAGGUUCUAAACAGAUUGGACAGUAUGGAGAGCACGGAAAAGGCAGAAGAGGAAAACAGCACCGCACCCAAAAUGGUGGAGCAGCUGAUGGGGCGAGAGGUGCGGGACAUCUGUCAGGAGCUAAGCACCAUCGUGUCUGUGGUCAACCAGCGCUCGGAACAGCAGGCCCAGAAACUGGACGGGAUGGAGAAGCUGGUGCUGAGUAUGCAGCAGGUCAUCAGCUUUAUCGGGGAAACAGUCAAGAGCUCCAGGGUCAUGCAACUCAUGUUCAAGGGACCAGUGACUCGCAAAGGAUUCAAACCUAAGGAUAGUAAAGCCAAGGUGGCCAAGAAGAAACCCUCAGCAGAUGCGGUGAUAAAGAAGGCAGACGCCAAGCUAAAGGAACACAAAAACAAAGAAGGAGCAGAAAAACCAUCUCUGACGCCCAUAAGCCCCAAAACACAGAAGAAAACCAAGCCCCCAGAAGCAGACAUUUCCCUAAAGAAACAGGCUCUGUUGUUAGAAGAGGUGCAGAAACUGAAUCGAGAGAACAGUGAGAAGAAUGAGUCUAAACUGAAGCAAGAUCCAGAGAGGAGCCCCGAGGAGAAGCAUGAGGAGGAGGCCACAGAGCCAGAGGAGGAAGAGGAGGAAACCACUGAACCACCACCCACCAGCUCUACAGACGAGUCAACUUCACCACAGUCCAUUGAACCCGAAUCAGAGCAAAAGGAGACAAUAACAGAGGUGGUCACCGUGAAGGAUGUGCAGAGCCUGGACAAGGAGAUGCUAAACGAGCACAACAUGGCGUCGGAGGGCUGGGCUGUGUUCAAGGCAGAUGGGGUGGAGAUUACGAUGGACCUGAAGCAGCGGGUGGAGGAGGAAAGAAGCAGCUACUGUGAACCUGAGCACAGUGUGGCGGACGAAUAUGCAGAGAGAUUCUUCAUCGACACCACCCCUCCACCGGCUGCUCCAUUCAAUCACCGCGUCGUGUCGGCCAAACCAAACCAGAUCAGCAACUUCUACACCAUCAACUGGCAAGAAGUGCUGGGCGGGGGUCGUUUUGGCCAGGUGCACAAGUGUGUUGAAAACUCCUCUGGGCUGACUCUGGCGGCUAAGGUCAUCAAAGCCAAGAGCGGGAAAGAAAAGGAGGUGGUGAAGAAUGAAAUCCAGGUCAUGAAUAAUCUGGACCAUGCCAACCUCAUCCAGCUCUAUGCAUCUUAUGAGUCAAGGAAUGACAUCAUCCUAGUACUUGAAUACGUUGGAGGAGGAGAGCUGUUUGACAGGAUUAUUGAUGAGAACUACAAACUGACGGAGCUGGAUGCAGUUGUUUUCAUCAGGCAGAUUUGUGAGGGUCUGAAGCACAUGCACAAGAUGUACGUCCUCCACCUGGACCUGAAGCCAGAGAACAUCCUGUGCGUCAGCAGAGUGACAAAUAAAAUCAAAAUAAUUGACUUUGGUCUGGCAAGGAUAUAUAAACCAAGAGAGAAACUGCAAGUGAACUUUGGCACUCCAGAGUUCCUGGCUCCAGAAGUGAUCAACUACGACUUUGUGUCAUUCAACACGGACAUGUGGAGCCUGGGUGUCAUCACAUACAUGCUUCUGAGCGGCCUGUGCCCUUUCCUCGGAGAUACAGACAAUGAGACUCUCAAUAACAUCCUGGCCUGCCGCUGGAACUUUGAAGAGCAGGAGUUUUCAGACACGACAAAACAAGCCAAAGACUUCAUCUCCAGAUUGCUCAUUGUCAACAAGAGUUGGAGAAUGUCAGCUGGUGAAGCUUUGAGACAUCCCUGGCUCUCUGACCCUGUGCUCCACCAUGAACUUUAUACUAAGAAAACAUUAUGUAAAUCGCGGCGAUCAUCUUGUGUGCCUGAUUUGAAUAGUUGA